AUGCUGAAAAUUCGACUGGCCCGGCACGGGCGUAAGGGACGGGCCUUCUACCGAGUGGUCGUCCAGGAUUCGCGCAAGCCGCGCGACGGACGAUUCGUCGAGAAUCUGGGCUUCUACGACCCGCUGACCGACCCGGCGACCUUCGAAAUCGACGGCGAACGCGCCAAGUAUUGGCUUUCCCACGGCGCCCAGCCGACCCAGACCGUGCAUCAUUUCCUGGCCAAGCAAGAUCUGAUCGCGCCGUGGCAACCCAAGCCGCGGAGCAAGCGAGCCGACGCGAAGAAAGCAGCCGCCGCGGCGGCGGCAGAGUAG